AUGCUCGGCCUCCUCGAUCUUCCCACCGAGCUCCUUGUAGAGCUCCCGCAGUACUACCCCGUGCUGCAUUGCCCUCUGCAGGCCGACGUCCUGAGUACCUAUCUGGCAAACGAUUACACUGGUGUAGACACGCUCUGCGCGCUGGCGCAAACAUGUGUCCGGCUUCGCCACGUGUUCCAGCCAAUCCUAUGGCAGAAUAUAUAUGUCUGCCCAGGGCGAAGCAACGAUAUCGAGGGGGCCGAGGGUAGGAUGAAGACUGAUGAGACACUGGCGGCGUUGAGAAGGGUAAAGGAUAUGCAUGUCCAUGUACGUUCGCUGACAGUCUCCCUCCAUGAAUGUACGGAAACCAACCGGAGCCCGGCCGUUGAGCUUGUGCGCUUCCUCCAGUGCAUCCCGCGCCUUCGGACCCUCAUCAUUACUGGUACUCGUACCCGGCGGGACAUCGACUUCUGCAACGUUGCCGCCUCCAUGCUCGGGAUCUCCCUCGAACAAAUGACAUUUCCCAGUGUCACAGAGCUUACCACAGACACAGACGAUAUCGACCUCAUGCUAGCCCUUAAAUCCUUUCCUAGUCUCACAACGUUGAACUUCGGCGACGGCAGGAACCAUUCAAUCACCUUUCAUCUAAUUGCGGAGUACUGUCCGCACAUAGAGAUCCUCCGGAACAUUGGCCUGCCCAGAAUCGAGUUCGCGGCGCCGCAUCUUGAGAAAGCUCCGGAAUUUGUACUAGCUCUGUAUAAAUACUUUCCCAAACUGAGAUGUCUUUCGCUGAGCGGUUCCCUGAGUACAGACUCGGACGGCCUUGGUUGCAUGGUACCCCUUGGGUUCCAGCGUCUAGAGCAGCUGACACUUCGCCACAAAAUCUGGGUGGAAUUUGACCCGGUCGCGGGGGGGCCAACAACGACCCGCGGCGCUGUCGCCGACCAAUUUGUUGAAGAUCUCAUCGCAGUUGGCAAGGAAAUCCUCGGGACAUCAUCUACAAAAAAGCAGCGGGUUCUUCGUGUCGAGGUCAAGAACGGAAUUUGGAAAGAUAAUCCGCAAAUUACGAAUACCAUCGAGACAUUCUAUAUAUAA